GUAAACAUAUCUGGAAAAGGGCCAAAACCAGUUGGCCUGCUAAAAAAUGGAAACAGGUGUACUGAAUUGAAACCAAUUAAAUUGAAGACUGGUGACGAAGAGAAGGUCACAUUAACAAAUACAUGUGCAUUUGAUAGUGUCUCCCAAAUUUUCGCUUGUUGUUAUAACGACAGUGACAAGUUAAAAUCGUUUUUGGUAACAUUUUGUAAAGACUCACUAACAAAGACCUUUUUUAAUUUCUGUCAGCAAUUAGCCACUCAAGGAGUUACACCUGCUACUUAUAAAACCAGGCUAGAAAUCUUAUUACACAUCUUUGAUAAUAAUCAGAAAAUUCCGGGGGGCAUUGUACUGAUGAGCACAGAAAGCACAGUGACACACAUUCUGAGCAAACUACUAUAUGAACUUCCCGUUGUUGUGGAUGAAGUAGAUUGCAACUACUGUAGUUCCAGGACAUCACAAAAAGGGUUUUGUUUACCUAUUUGCCUCACAGCUAACCUACAGGAGUUAAGUACUUACUUAAACCAAACACUUGAAGACCAACGCAGCCAAUGCAAGAAAUGCCAAGAGUCCAAAACAGUGAAGCGGAUCUUAUCAAAGACCUUUUUAAUUAUUGAGCUGGUGGAUUUCAUUAAUACAGACAGAGCAAGUGGCAUUUUAAGGGAAUAUGAAACGAAACCAUGUGAACUACCAGCUACCGUAGUAGUUCAAGAAGUUGAAUAUAUAUUAAGAGGAUUCUUGGGGUUCUGCGGAAGAACAACAUCUUUUACAAGUGUUGGACAUUACGUGGCAUACGCUAGAAGAUCUAACGACACAUGGGAACUCUACGAUGACACCAAAGACUCGAAGAGUUUUGUCUCUCCUAGUAAACAAGUGCCGUGUCAAGUUUUAGUUUACUCCAUUUAAAUUAUCACAGCUAAAGAAUCUUUGUUCGAUUGACAUCAAAUGUACAGAAAGGCGUUAUGCAUACUGACAAUAACUCAAAGUAAUAAUAGUAACAUUUUCAAUAUGUAAACUUAUGAAAGUGUAGUGUGAUUCUUUAAUGUGUGACUAUUAAAAGUUCAUUCAGAA